UCCUCGAAAUCUGCCGACGUCAACAAGCCUCAGUCGCUGGACACGGUCUGCUCGAGGAGGACGUCCGCUGGCAAUUGCAAGAAGAUGCGUCUGGUUAUCUUAGACGAUGCAGGCCGAGUGGCCGAGUGGGCAGCGAGAUACAUCAUCAAGCGGAUCAACGACUUUAAACCGGGCCCUGAGAAGUUCUUUGUCCUUGGCUUGCCCACAGGAAGCACUCCAUUAGGCACUUACCAAAGACUAGUUCAGUAUCAUAAAGCAGGAAAGAUUUCGUUCAAAUAUGUCAAGACAUUUAACAUGGACGAAUAUGUUGGUAUCCCAAGAGACCACUCCCAGAGCUAUCACACCUUCAUGUGGGAGAAUCUCUUCAAGCACAUAGACAUUGACCCUGCUAAUGCACACAUUCUGGACGGCAAUGCACAGGACCUGGAGAAAGAGUGUCAGUUGUACGAGCAGAAGAUUAAGGAAGCUGGUGGGAUUGAGUUGUUUAUGGGAGGUAUAGGUCCAGAUGGCCACAUUGCUUUCAAUGAGCCAGGCUCUAGCCUGGUAUCACGAACCCGUGUCAAGACACUUAACCAAGAGACCAUCACUGCCAAUGCCCGUUUCUUUAACAAUGACAUGUCAAAAGUUCCAAAGCAGUCACUUACUGUGGGCGUUGGGACAGUUAUGGAUGCCAGAGAGGUAAUGAUCCUUAUCACGGGAUCACACAAGGCCUAUGCCCUUCACAUGGCGAUUGAGGAAGGGGUCAACCACAUGUGGACUGUAUCAGCAUUCCAGCAACACCCCCGCACCCUUAUGCUCUGCGACGAGGAUGCGACUCUUGAGCUGAAGGUCAAGACCGUCAAGUACUUUAAGAAUCUUCAUGAUACUCAUUCAUGCCUGAUGGAGGAGGAACUUUGAUAAGGACUUGUGGUCAGUGCACAGCAAACUCAUCGACGACCCAAUGAUGGCAUCGUUUCAAGAGUGAAGGAUGAAGCCGUUUCGUGCUUUUACAGAGAUUGUCGCAGUGGUGGUGGUCAUUCAGUUCUUUGGGUGAAGGCUUAAUGAUAACAGUUUUUGAAAUCAUAUUCCAAAUAUGGUAAUGGUGCUAUUGAUCAUUGAGUAAGAUUGAAUUUUAUUUUUGAUGAAUUAUUUUUAAAAAAAUCAGUAUCUUUUGAUAAUAAUUGCAUAUUGAUAAACAAACCUUUUGGAAAUGAAAGUCAAAAGGGAAAUUGCUUACGAGAUGAUGAUAGCAUUAACAUAUUACAGCUGAUGCACUGACUUUGUGAUGUUUGAUAUCUGUAUUCCUUUUUUUUUUUCUUUUUUUUCUUUUCUUUCCUUGUUCGAGAGACUUAAAUUGAUACAGAGAUACCUUUUUGAUAUUUGACUGAAUAAUUGUUGAUCUGCCAGUUGAUCUUGCAUUGAUUUUAUUUUUUUUUAAUAUCUAUAUUUUUUGAUAAUCAUCCUUCCGGGUGUAAUCUAGUAAAUUAGAAUUGUAUUAAGAGAAUUAUAAACUGUGAUUAAAAAAAAUGAGAACUGUGUUAUUUUGUUAACAGUGAUAUAAAAAAAAAAUAUAUAUAUAUAUAUAGCUUUACACUGUCCAGCAAGGUAUAUUAAAGUAUUACUCUGAAGGACAACAUAAUUAAAUCUUUGAAUUGUGAUAGAGAUUCAAAAAGGUGUUUAUUGGGCUAUGCUGUUAGCAUAAAGGAUUCAAGUAUCUUUUUGUUGCUUUGAAUAUUUUUAAUUGUUAAUCCCACAUAUAUAUACCCAUAUUUUGGGGCUUAUAUGCACACACGUUUGUAACUGUUGGUACACCUUGAACUUGUAAGUGGAUGUAUAUGUAUAUCAGGUUUAUCAUAUAGGAUUGUGUUACAGUACAUGGGUGUAUGCAGUUAUUCAAUAAAAUGAAGAUGGAAGUUGA